AUGGUCAACUUUGGAUUCAACACACAGACAACAGCACCAAAGCAAAUACCAUUGAAGAAACAGAGUCUGGACACAAUGACAGACGCAAAUGAGAGCUACGAAAGCUCUGAUGAAGAAUUUUCGGAGACGGAAAAUGCCCUGAAUACCGUUUUAGACACUGGUAAUAGAACUCACGCAUAUGGUAAUCACACUCAGAACAUCCAUGAGAGCGCAGAUAUAUUAGACAGAUAUGCCGAUAAAAUAAACGUGGAUCAGUAUUUAGGUGGAUCGCAUAGAAUAACAAGAGAUCGCUCAGAGAGGGCGACGGUUGAUCAGGUGCUUGAUCCCAGAACUCUUCGAUUUCUUUCAAAACUCUUUAAAAAUGGAACAAUAACUAAGAUAAAUGGUUGUAUAUCCACGGGAAAAGAGGCCAAUGUUUAUCACGCAGAAAAUUCCACGACAGGAAAGCAAUAUGCAAUUAAGAUCUACAAAACGUCUAUCUUGGUGUUUAAAGAUAGAGAGAGAUACGUGGAUGGAGAAUUCCGCUUUAGAGGAACUAAGAACCAGUCAAAUCCAAGAAAAAUGGUCCGUACAUGGGCAGAAAAAGAGUUCAGAAACUUGAAGAGACUUCACUCAAGUGGCAUCCCGUCACCUGAACCUGUCGAUUUAAAGUCACACGUUCUUGUAAUGGAAUACCUUUCAGAGGAUGGUGGUGGACCUUCGCCGCGCUUAAAAGACUAUCCGUUUGCAGAUAUAGAUGAGGUGGCUGAAUUUUACCAAAGACUUGUGGUCGAUAUGAGGCUGAUGUUUCAGAAGUGUCGUUUGGUUCAUGCAGAUCUCAGUGAAUAUAACACCAUAGUGCAUGACAAAGAGCUCUACAUUUUUGACGUUUCUCAGAGUGUUGAGCCUGAACAUCCCAUGGCCAUGGACUUCUUGAGGAUGGAUAUCAAGAAUGUGAAUGACUUUUUUUCCAGAGUGAAGAAGAUUAAUGUUUACCCUGAGCGAUUGAUUUUUAAGUUUAUAAUUGAUCCGUGGUCACAAAUGGAUCCCAGCGGUGAAAUACCAAAAGAGGAUAAUAAACAUCUGCGGAAACAGCUAAAUGAGAUUCCAUUGAAGACUGUUGACGAUGUUGAGCAAAACCAGAAGGAUGAAGUGUUCCGGUCAUUACAUCUCGUCACAUCCUUGCGUGGAUUAGAGGAGAGGGACUUUAAAAGAUUUAGCGAAGGACAUGUUGAUACAUUAACAGAUUUGGUAGCUCCCGAUGUUUUGCGUACUUUGGACUGUACAGUUCCAAGGGAUCAGGAAGAAGGACGCGAAAUUCAGGAUGAUGAUAAGAAUACAACCAGCAGCGAUUAUGAUUCGGACUCGUGUGAUAAUGAAGAGAAGGAAGAAAGUAAAAUACCCAAGCUAAAAAGAUUUGAAGAUAAAGAGGAGAAGCGAAGAAGAAAGAAGGCGGCCAAGGAAAAGAAUAGAGAAAGAAGGAAGACUAAAAUGAAUAAAAAUGUGAAGAAACGGUUGGUUAAAAAAUCGCACAGGCAUAAAAGCUGA